CUCACAUUUUCCAUACUCUUCUUGGACUCUUGGAUCUAUCACUCUGCUUUCAAGCACAGCCCCAGCUCUACCUUAACCGUCUGUUUUUAAGCCUGCCCACUUUCCAGUGACUAUGACCUCCUAUGUCGACAAAGGAAUCAAGCCCGUCGUGAACUAUGAAGCGUUCCACCACAUGGCCUUCUGGGUCGGGAACGCCAAGCAAGCAGCUGCCUACUACAUCACCCACUUUGGGUUCCACUACAUUGGAUACCAGGGACUCGAGACCGGUCACCGCGAAGUUGCCUCGCACGUCGUCGGCAACGGUGAUCUCCGCUUCAUGUUCCAGUCUGCCCUGCGCCCGGGCAACCAGGAGAUGGCCGACUUCCUCGGUCUGCACGGCGACGGCGUCAAGAACGUCGCAUUCUCGGUCGAUGAUGCGCGCGAGUGCUACCGUCUGGCCGUGUCCAAGGGUGCCGAGUCGAUCCGCGAGCCGUGGGUCGAGUCUGACGAGGACGGCGAGGUUGUCAUGGCGACCAUCCGCGUGUACGGCGACACGGACCACACGUUCGUGCAGGCCGCCAACUACAAGGGCGCGUUCCUGCCGGGCUUCCGCGCCACCACCAGCUUCCAGGCGCUCAACGACGUGCUGCCGCCUGUGCCUGUGGCCUUCAUCGACCACUGCGUCUCGAACCAGCCCGAUAACAUGAUGGUUGAGAUCACCGAGCGCUACGAGAAGAUGCUCGGGUUCCACCGCUUCUGGUCGGUCGACGACAAGGACAUCCACACCGAGUACAGCUCGCUGCGCUCGAUUGUCAUGGCCGAGUGGAACGAGAAGGUCAAGAUGCCCAUCAACGAGCCUGCCAAGGGUCUUCGCAAGAGCCAGAUCGACGAGUACAUUGAGUUCUACGGCGGCCCUGGCAUCCAGCACAUUGCCGUGCGCACCGACGACAUCAUCACCGCCGUGUCCAACAUGAAGAAGCGCGGUGCUGAGUUCCUGUACACGCCCAAGACCUACUACGACGACCUGCGCGAGCGCCUGAAGAAGAGCAAGGUCACGAUCACCGAGGAUAUUGAUAUGCUCGAGAAGCUUCACAUCCUUGUCGACUUUGACGACCAGGGCUAUCUGCUGCAGAUCUUCACCAAGCCUGUCGAGGACAGACCCACUGUGUUUUUGGAGUUCAUCCAGCGCCACAACCACCAGGGCUUCGGUGCUGGCAACUUUGGCCAGCUGUUCAAGGCCAUUGAGCGCGAGCAGGAGCUGCGCGGCAACCUGUAA